GUGGGACCCUCGCCAGUGGCCCGGGAUCGAACUGGCGCUGCAGAGGCUGCGGGCAGCCUCACAACCCAGCACUCAACUGCUGCGCCACCAGGGGAGGCCCUCGCCCAGUUUUUGAGGCUGCAAGUAGGCAUCAGUUUCUCCACUUCAGAGGGAGAGAACUGACCUUUCCGAAUCCUCAGGCAAGUUCAUGGUCCUGCCUGGUCACCUAGUGACCAGGUGUCUCUCUCAGCUGUGGAUGAGAUGCACCAGGACCUGCCCCCCAUGGAGCGGGAUAUGUACUGGAAUGAGCUAGAAUCACACCCCCGCUACACAGCUGCUUCCGCCCAGUCUCGAAGAUCCUUCUUUUUUGGCUCCACUUUCAACAUCAGUAUGCACAAGAGAGAUAUGGAGUUUCAGCCGGAACAGGAGCACCCUCACACCAGCAUCGUCGGCCGCUUUCUAGAGCUGCACUCCCACAACUACCAACCCCGCAGGACAAACUCCAAGACCAAACUCCUUGGGCCCAAGAAAGACAUCCUUGGUGAGGGCCAGCAUGCCCACCCUCUGAGGGCUGGACAGAAGGCUUGGGGCCAGGGAGACAGCCAGGCCUGGAAAAUGAAGGGGCAGGAUGGCUUCCAGACUGCCGCACUCUGGAAGUCAAGGUACCCCAGCACCCGGCAGACACCCCUCAGCCCCAGCCCUCUGUUCCCACCUGAAGAGCCAGCACCCUCAAGGCUUCACGGGGUGCCAGGCAUAGAGGGUGCUGUCCCAGACCAGAGAGGACAGCCUGUGGCUACUGGGAACAAGAACAGUUUUGCGUUGCUCCCAGAGAGUGUUGGGGCCUCCAUGGAGCACCCAGAAUUGUAUUCUCAUGAAAGGAAAACUGUGGAGUUUAACCUGACCAACACGUCAGAGGCGCCGAAACUUCAUCUCAUAGAAUCACAUUUGGAACAAUCUACAAGCAACACACACACUGUACUCGAUGGGCCUGGAGAUCCCCCUUGGACCUUGGAAACCACGUCUGUCCUCUACCCACACAGGGAUCACUGCACCUCCCUGGGGGAGGCCUUCCCAGCCCCCCUAGACCUGAGCCUGCUGUGCUUCCAUCUCCAGUGGCUGCACUGCCAGAGCAGCCUGUGUGUGUAUCCCACACUGGCUCGGGGAACACACCUGGCCACUUAGGCAGGGGCCCUGGAGACAAACUGGGUGCCAGGUUCAUUCC